AUGGCAAAACUGACUGAUGAUGCCGACUACGAUGCCGGCGAAACGUUUGAGAAUGUACCAAGUCGACUAUCUGAUGCUGGGAAUCGUGACAGCUACUAUGGCAGACGACGUCGGACUAGGUGCGUUCUCCUAAGUCACCCUGACAACAAGACCAAGUUGCGACAACGAGGUCAACCCACUUCUAUAAAUCGCAAGGAGACUGCGACCAUAACAGAGGCCACAACAUCUUGGUCUUCAUCUCUUCAAUACAACGAAUAG